ACUGGGAGGACGCACCAGGGGGAGGGAGAUGAGUUUGUGUUCGGUGGUCAUCUCAAUCAAAAGAAAAGUUCCUGCUCGUCUGCUGUAAGAGCCGGGUUCCGUGCGUUGAGGGCCAGCAGCCAGCCUGCCUCAGGACCGGGUUCUUCUGGCUGUGCAUGCAGCCUCCGCCUCAUCCAGGCUCCAGUGGACCCAAGCUGCCUCAAGCGAGAGGCCCUGUCCCAAGCUCCCUUUCUCCCCCGGGGCCAGAAGAAAAAGCCUGGGGGGUACGCCAGUGCCUGUGUGGGCCAGCCCCCAUGCCAUGGGAGCGACGCAUGGGAAAAAGAAAGAAUAUUCUCCUCAGUCCAGGUUUCACAAUGAAAAUGGGAAACACAGUAUGAAUGGCUCAGCUUCGUUGUACUCUGAAAUGCAGAGGGAUAGAACAGAGAGAGCUGGGGGAGUCAUGGCCCAUCCAGACUACAAAGAUUGGAACACAGAACUUAUCAAACCCAAGAAGCUGAUAAAUCCUGUAAAAGCUUCCAGAAGCCACCAGGAGCUACACAGGGAGCUCCUCAUGAACCACAGAAGAGGCCUGGGAGUGGACAGCAAGCCAGAGCUGCAGCGGGUCCUGGAGCACCGGAGGCGCAAUCAGCUGCUUAAGCUGAAGAAAGAGGAAGAAGAGGCCAAGAAACUCAAGUCGCCAUUUGAACAGGAGCUUCUGAAGAGACAGCAAAGACUGGAGGAGAUGGAAAAAGAAACCAAAAAGGAAGAAGACCAGGCACCUGAGUUUAUUAAAGUUAAAGAAAAUCUGCGGCGUAUUGCCACAAUAGCAGGGGAGGAACAAGUCUAGCAGGUGAGGACAGAGCUACGUGGCAUCCACUAGGACUCCCGGAGCCUCAACCCCAGCAGCAUCCACACCCACGUGUAUCCCGGCAUCUCUGUGUACCACAUGGACAUCGGCAACCAGACCUUUGGGACUCCUUCCCGGCACUAACGCUUGCUCCAAAAUGCCCCAUGGUGGCUCUGGGUCCAGAACAGGGUUAUUUUAAUGGUCAAGGUACAUGUAGUACUUACUAGCAGGAACCUACCCAUGGGGAUGGCCAUGGCACCACUGCCAGGGCCUCUCCUCCCUGCAGGCACACUAACAUCUAAGUCUCUUCUUUCUCAGUAACAACCCCCAGGUGUAUUCUGAGCAAAGACCUGCCCGUCAGAAACUCCAGCAUGUUAAAGGAGAGGGAGGGCCCACACAAGUGUUUUUGUCUGAAGGGAAAGCUUGAUAUUGGUGAACCUGAUGUCAUUGAUGUUAUCAGCUUGAGAGUCACAGGGACCACUUAGUGGCAGUCUCUCUGUGGUCUGCCCUUGCUGAUCCACACAAGUGACCCCUGGCUUGAAUCUGCCCAGGGACUGUAAGCUGGGAUAUCCUGAUCAGAGGUGAGCCCUAUCUGGGCAAAAAAAAAAAAAGCUGCCAAGUAUUUGGAAGCCUGAGUUCCUAUUUUCCCCCAGAUUUGCCAGCCAUAGGGCUUGAGGUCAUCGGCAUAGCGAUGAUAAUUCCUGGGGUCAGGAUCAGCCAUGCCUGCUAGGGGGAUGGAAUCACACUAGGUUGUCAUGACAGGGGAUCACCAAGAUGCCCUCCCUGCCCUUGCCCCACCCCAGUAGCUGCUGACAUCUCCAGAUCUAGUGUUCAGGCCUGACUUACUAGGAUCCUUCUGACCACCCACUCCGUUUACUUUUCUGCCUCCUGGGGCAUCCUUUGUCUCCUUACCUACCCACCCCCUGGCCCUAGGCUACGAGCACUCCCUUGAGUUCUGUGCCAUUUGUGAUGCCUUGCAUUUUUGAGAAAACUGGAGAAUGAUUAUCCCCCAGGUCUUCCACCCCUGUUGCUCCAACUGUACUCCUAUAUUAUUACUUCUAACAGAAUUCUGUCCAGGAAGGGAAGAGCUGGGCAGAGGGUGGCAAAGAGAGAGCAGUGACAGCUGGGACCAUACUUUGCUCCUCCCAGUCCCUCUCCAGGAUCAGUCCAAUCUGGAAGAGUUGCACAAAGCCAGUGUAUCUGUUCAUGCCAGCUACCCCAAUGCCAGUCCUCAGCAACCCCCCGGGCUGAGAGCUAAACCAUAUCUAACCAUCUCCCUAAUCUAACUGCAUAAAAGAGGCAGACCAAAGGAAGUUUGGAGAAUACAAAACAGCUUAAAACAGAACUGGGACAGGCCCUGUGUAGUGAAGAGAAAGCCCACCUCAGAGUCAGGAGGAACUAGGCCUACACUGGGUACCUGGUCCCCAGCAGACCACCAGGCCCUCAAUGCUCCCAGGAUUAAAACAAGGAGUUUCAGGGAAGGUGCUGACCUGCACAGGUCCAAAUCACAGAUCUGGGCUAAACAAGAUAACACGAAUCAAAACAUCUAAAUGAAUGGAUGAAUAAAUAAAACCGUGAAGUAAAUCAAAUAUCUUUAAGCUAUAUAAAAAUUCCACUUGCUGGAUCCAGUGCCAUGGAUGAGAUAAGGCUGAAUGAGUGAAGUGCAGAUUGUGAAACCAAGGUCUUUCCAAACCAGUUCAUCUCC